CGAUCUCCACCCCGCCCCGGCCCCCUCCCGCCAAUCCAUGGCGUCCUCGUCGCUGUCGAGGCCGCGCCGCCAUUCGCGACGCAAAACCCUACCCCGGCGCCCGGGUCACUCGCGGCGCCCUUUCUCCAACAUGCAGAUCUCCCGCGCAGCGGCCCCGCCCUUUCGCCGGCGGCGCUCCUCCCGGGAACGGCCCCGCGCCGGCCUCGGCGAUCCGCGCGCCCCAGGGGCCGCCACCCCCCGGCGCCCGGCCGUUCCCCGGCAGCCCGCCACCCCCCUCGCAGCCGCCUCCGCCGUUCGCUCGGCCUGGAGCGCCGCUGCAGCAGUCCACGCCUCCCUUCGGCGGCCCGCCCACCGCUAUGGCUUCGCAGCCGCAGUUGCAGCGACCGGCGUUCGGUGGCCCGCCGUCCGGCCCGCCGCCGCAGGUGCAGAGGGCGCCAUUCGGUGGACCGCCCCCGGGAGCAUCGCAGCAGCCUCCGCCGUUCGGUGGGCCGCCGGCGGCCGCUGCGUCUCGACCUGCCCCGUUCGGUGGGCCACCUGCGGCGGCGUCCAAGCCGCAGCCGCCUGCAGCGGUGCCACAGCAUUCCCCAUUCGGGGGGCCUCCUCCGGCAGCAUCAGCAGCUCAACAGCCUCCGAUCGGUGGGGGCUCGUUUACUACUGCUCAGGCACCACCGUUCAGUGGCCCACCGGCGUCAAUGCCUCAGACAGCACCCGCUGCUGGGUUGAGACCGCCCUUCGGGGGGCCACCAGCACCGUCGCAGCAAGUGCAGUUUGGUGCUCCGCCGCCCUUCGGCGGACCAAGUGCAGUUCGGCCAGGUGCGCAGCCUCCGCCAUUUGGUGCAUCGCAGUCGCAGGCACCACCAUUCGGUUCAUCGCAGGCACCACCAUUCGGUUCAUCACAGGCACCACCAUUCAUGGGUCCUACUGGGGGUAAUGCGCCAACGUUUGCCCCUCCGAUGUGGCAGGGCCAGGCACGACCAGGAUCUGUUCCUGGUGGUAUGCAACCAUCUAUGAGAAUGCCUAGCAUGCCUGGUGCCAUGCCACCCAAUGCACUUGGCCAAGGGAUGUCACCUGCAUCAGCACCCACCAUGCCAUACUCCCCCCAUGCCCAGGUCUCAACCCCAUCCAAAAUUGAUCCUAAUCAAAUUCCACGGCCAAUUCCGGAGACAUCGGUCAUCAUCUUUGAGACCCGGCAAGGUGGCCAAGCUGCUAUCCCACCGGCUGCCUCCAGUGAAUUCAUUGUGAAGGAUACUGGCAAUUGCAACCCCCGUUUGAUGAGAUGCACGAUGAAUCAGAUACCAUGUACAGGCGAUCUCUUGACAACGUCAGGAAUGCCAUUGGCCUUGUUGGUGCAGCCUUUUGCUCUUCCUCAUCCAUCUGAGGAACCUAUCCAGCUUGUGGAUUUUGGAGAGAUGGACCCCAUUAGGUGUUCACGCUGCAAAGCAUACAUAAAUCCAUUCAUGAGAUUCAUUGACCAAGGGAAACACUUUAUAUGUAACUUAUGUGGAUUUAGCAAUGAUACUCCAAGGGAGUACUUCUGCAACUUGGGCCCUGAUGGUAGGCGACGUGAUGCUGAUGAAAGGCCUGAGUUAUGUAGAGGAUCAGUUGAAUUUGUUGCCACCAAGGAGUUUCUGGUUCGUGACCCAAUGCCAGCUGUAUAUUUCUUUCUUAUUGAUGUCUCCAUGAAUGCUGUGCAUACUGGUGCAACAGCUGCAGCUUGCAGUGCAAUUUCCCAGGCUCUUUCAGACCUCCCUGAAGGCCCUCGAACUAUGGUUGGAAUUGCUACAUUCGAUUCUGCUAUUCACUUCUACAGCCUUAAACGUGCUCAACAACAGCCUUUGAUGCUCAUUGUUCCGGAUGUCCAAGAUGUGUACACUCCACUUCAAACAGACCUGAUUCUCCCAAUCUCGGAGUGCCGUGAGAAUUUGGAGCAACUUCUGGAGAGCAUCCCAAUCAUGUUUGAGAACAACAGGGUUGCUGAUUCGGCAUUUGGUGCUGCUAUGAAGGCAAGUUUUCUAGCUAUGAAGUCCACUGGUGGAAAGUUGCUCGUGUUUCAGUCAGUGCUACCAUCCAUAGGAAUAGGUUCAUUGUCUGCUAGGGAAGCUGAAGGCAGAUCAAAUAUUUCCACUGGAGACAAGGAGGCACACAAGCUUCUUCAGCCUGUUGAUAAGACUCUCAAGACAAUGGCACUAGAAUUUGCUGAAUACCAAGUUUGUGUAGAUGUGUUCCUUAGCACGCAGUCAUAUGUGGAUAUUGCUUCAAUAUCAGUUGUCCCCAAUACAACUGGUGGCCGGGUUUACUACUAUUACCCAUUUUCUGCUCUCUCUGAUCCAGCCAAACUGUACAAUGAUCUUAGAUGGAAUAUUAGUAGACCACAGGGUUUUGAGGCUGUCAUGCGUGUCAGGUGUAGUCAGGGGCUUCAAGUACAAGACUACUUUGGCAAUUUCUGCAAGCGUGUUCCUACUGAUAUUGAUCUUCCUGCGAUUGACUCAGACAAAGCUAUAAUGGUUACAUUUAAGCAUGAUGACAAAUUACAGGAAAAUUCAGAAUGUGCUUUCCAGUGUGCACUUCUUUACACGACAGUUUUUGGGCAAAGAAGGAUACGGGUCAUAAACCUUUCGCUUUCAUGCACAAAUAUGCUCAGUAACCUUUUCCGAUAUGCUGAUCUGGAAACACAAUUCACUUAUGUUGUAAAGCAAGCUGCAAAUGGCAUUCCAUCAGUACCUCUUUCUCAAGUUAGAGACCAAGUAACAAGUACAUGUAUCAAUAUUCUCCAAUCAUACCGAAAGUAUUGUGCAUCUGUAAGUUCUUCUGGGCAAUUGAUUCUUCCGGAGGCUCUGAAACUUCUGCCAUUGUAUACUCUAGCAUUAACAAAAAGUGUAGGAUUGCGCAAUGAUGGGAGAUUGGAUGAUCGGUCCUAUUGGGCCUCUAUUGUCUCUUCAAUUUCUGUGUUACUAGCUAUUCCAUUGGUGUUUCCUAGGAUGAUUGCCCUCCAUGUUCUUACGUCAAGGGAUGAUGAUGAUUCCCUUAUACCGAGCCCCCUUACACUCAAUAGCGAGAAUAUACAUGAUGAUGGAGUCUAUUUGUUAGAAAAUGGUGAGGAUGGCUUUAUUUAUGUCGGAAAUUCAGUCAACCCUGUGACCCUUGAGCAAAUAUUUGGUGUCUCGUCUUUGGCUGGAGUACCAAAUCAGUUGGUACUGGAGCCAUUUGAUAACGAACUCUCCAGGAAAGUGAAUGAGGUGGUGAAUGAAAUAAGGCGUCAGAGAUGCUCUUACCUGAGAUUGAGACUAUGCAAAAAGGGUGACCCAUCUGGAGAUUUCUUCCGAUCACUAUUAGUGGAGGACAAGGCACCGGGCGGUGUUUCCUAUGUCGAGUUUCUUGUACAUGUUCACAGGCAAAUCCAAAACAAGAUGACCUGAGGUGAACCCCACCUCAUUGUUGUAACAAUUUGGUUGGUAGGAAUCCAGAACAAAAUUGAUUUCUGCAUGAGGAUAAAACAGAAAUGAAUGAACCUGGGACUCUCCAAUCAGUGCAACCUAAUUCACACCUGGAGAGUCAUCGCAGAAUCGACAGGAUUCUGCAACCACUUACAACAUCGGUUUUGGUGUAGGCGAUAUAUGUUUCUGUACAGAGACGAGUGAACUUUCGUGUGCUCAAUUUUGAAAGUAUUUAUUCUAGUGAACAGCGGCUGUAUUUUGUCAAGAGGAAGCUUAUAGAGGUUGGGCAAUAAUGUAAGUUUAGCCAUGGGAGUCAUAUGGUUGUAAAUGCACUAAGUAAUUAUUUGCAAGUGACAUGUGAAUAUCAUGGUUAACAUUCUUUUAUGGUCACAGGUAAACGUAUGUUGUUUACAAGCAGGCUCUAAACUGAGAUUCUGCUAUUGUUAGAAUUCUUACAUGGAGUCGAAAAUUAUGACUUUCUUA